AAGAAGAUUGCAGCACCACAAUUUCGCAUAUGGUCUCCCACUACACUACUCAGUGUGGCCCUAUGCAGCUUAACUAACGUUGAUCGGACGGGAAACAGUGCUUCCUGCAUGGUAUGGCCGCAACCGAAAUUUAACCUCGAAGUUCAUAUAUAUGGAAUGGAAGUCACAAUAUUUUGUUACUGUCAAUUUCUCAAAUCUAGUAAAACUGUAUAA